UAGCUAGCCUUUCAGUUCAUCGAGCACCACUGCACAUCCCGAUCAUCAUUUUGCGAUACACAUUCUACCAAACUCGAUCGCAAGAAGAAGAAACAGCUAGCUAGCUACCAAUCAAUGGCGUCCAACGACAACGUCGCCGUGGCCAGCGAGGUGAGCAGCGCCGUGGCCAAGCUCAACGACCACCUCGCCACCGCGCUCACCGGCAGCGGCAGUGAGAACGCCGGCACCGUCAUCACGCUGGCCGGGAAGAACAGCGGCGCCACCAUGGAGGCGGCGGCCGCGGGCGACGUGGAGGACCUCGUCGUCGUCAGCAGCGUGGACGCGGAGGAGCACGACGAAGGUCAUGGCCACCAGGACAACGAGGAGGAGGAGGUGGAGGAGAACGUGGUCAUCACCGCCUACGCCAACAGCAACUACCAGGCCGUCAACAACUCGGUGCUCGUUGCCGGCAGCUGCGCCGUCGACGACCCCGGCGUGCACGUCGUCGUUGUGGAGCACGUCGACGAGAUACGCGACUACGACGAGGACAUCGACGGCCAAGAGUUCUAAGCACUACUGCAUUGUUAUUACUGCAAGCUAUAUGGAUAUGGAUUGAAGGGCAUAUAUAUAUAUAUAUAUAUAUAUAUAUAUAUAUAUAUAUAUAUAUAUAUAUAUAUAUAUAUAUAUAUAUAUAUAUAUAUAUAUAUAUCGUCAUAAUAUAUCCCUGCAUGACAAAUAUAUAUCUAUGUACUAUACUACAUAUACAUUACAUCUACAUUUUCUUGGAUCGGGUAUGUACUGGUACUACUGUAAGUUGUUUUGAUGCAUACUGCUACUUGAAUAAAAAAGCUAGCUGAAUAUA